CGUCGCUGAGAUGACGUUGUCGGCAGUGGCGGUGAUAGUGAUGUGCGCGCUCGUGUUGCCGCUUCACAUCUCCGCGUAUCAAGCGUGGGUUUAGCGCUUCUACCGCAUGGAGUUGCGCAGCGACGCGGUCCUGGCGAGUGUGGAGAUGUCGGAGGUGAACAGCGACGGCGACGCGUUGGAGGGCGAGGCGGAUUACGAGAGUUUGCCCGCUCACGCGUCGCUGGGCACGCACAUGACAGCGGGCGCCGUGGCCGGAGUGCUGGAGCACACAGUCAUGUACCCCGUGGACUCGGUCAAGACACGUAUGCAGAGUUUACAGCCAGACCCAAAUGCUCAGUACCGCAGCGUUUACGGAGCGCUGAAGAGGAUUGUGCGGACUGAGGGCGUCCUUCGGCCCCUGAGGGGCCUCAAUAUCACUGUACUGGGGGCCGGCCCCGCACACGCGCUCUAUUUCGCCUGCUACGAGCGAAUCAAACGCAGCCUUAGUGACGUCAUACAGAACGGCGGCAACAGCCACAUUGCUAACGGUGUGGCUGGGAGUGUUGCUACUGUCCUCCAUGAUGCAGUCAUGAACCCAGCAGAAGUGGUGAAGCAGAGGAUGCAGAUGUACAACUCUCCGUACCGAAGCCUGUAUGACUGCGUGCUGACGAUCAGUCGUAAGGAAGGACUGGCCGCCUUCUACCGCAGCUACAGCACUCAGCUGACCAUGAACAUCCCCUUCCAGGCCGUUCACUUCAUCAUGUACGAGUUCAUGCAGGAACAUUUCAACCCACAGCGCCAGUACCGGCCCGAAACGCACAUCGUGUCCGGAGCGGCGGCCGGAGCCGUGUCCGCCGCCAUCACCACUCCGCUAGACGUGUGUAAGACGCUGCUGAACACGCAGGAGAACGUGGCGCUCAGCUCCGCGCACGUUAGCGGGCAUCUCUCGGGGAUGGUCAACGCGCUCAGGACGGUUUACCGGCUGGGGGGCGUCCCCGCGUUCUUUAAAGGCAUCCGAGCUCGGGUCAUUUAUCAGAUGCCGUCUACCGCCAUCGCCUGGUCCGUCUACGAGUUCUUCAAGUACUUUCUGACCCAACACGAGCCACAGGAACUGGGGAGGAACACUCACAGGGCCAGUCCCACAUGAGCGGGAAUGUAGAGACACUCCAUAUUCAUAUGCAGUAGACACUCCAGUCUCGAACCUUUUAAUUUAUUGGAAGAGUUUAAUAAUGUUACAGGAAUGUAGGGACGCUGCACACUACAGAACGUUUCUGUUAAACAUGACUGAAACAGAAAGGUAAAGAGGUGUAGAUGUUUAUUUUAGUGUUCUCAACCACAAAACAUAUUUAUGAUUGGGCGUGAUGAUGUAUGGAUGCGCAUCUAUAUUUAUGUAUGCGCUCAACACUGACUUCUCAAUGAUAAAACGAACCCAUUUGGACGUUUUAGUGGAUUUUCUGGACUUUUCCCUUUUUUUAGGGGUUCAGGAAAGUUAAAUUUUUUUAUUAUUUUUUAAUAAUUGAAGGCAUUGCUGAAUUUUGCUGCGCAAUAAUCAGACCAGUUUUUGUUGUUAUAAUGCCUAGUCACCUAUGAAAUCAAACUAUUUUGAAUUGGACACACUGCUUUUUUAAAAACCUUAACGUGAUUAUCAAGUGUCCUUUAUGUAUUUACAUCUUUAUGUCUUAGUCAGGGAAGAUGGCAUUUUUAAUUUGACUGAAAUAAAUCAAGGCUAGUAGGAAUGGAGGUACAGUCGCUAAUUUUGGCACCUAGGCAAGGCAAGGCAAGUUUAUUUAUAUAGCACAUUUCAUACACAAUGGCAAUUCAAAGUGCUUUACAUAGAAGAAAUUAAAAUAAUCAAAAUAAAUCAGAAUAAUUAAAACAGUUUAGAAUAAAACACCUAGAAUUUUUUACGACAUGAAGUACAAACAUUUCAUUUACCCUGAAACAAAUCGGUUUUAUUCAUUUAGAUUAUCCAAAUGGGAUUUAAUACGUUACAUUUUUAAAAUUCCAAAGAAUGAAUUGGAUGCUAAUUGAAUUAAAUGGCCUGAUUUCAUCACACUAAAGCACUUGGGAUUUCCGAACAUGGUGAGAAAGUUAAGUUUUUUUAUUUUAUUUUGUUGUUUUAUGACAUGAUUGCCAUCAAUAUAUUUAUAUACAAUAUAUAUUUAUCUACAUUUUGAGACAUGAUCUAUGCAGUGGGUUUCGCAGCUUUGGACUAAAGCUGCAGUUGAAAUCACUUUUUCAAAUGAAUUACAUAUGACGUUUCAUAGCUGUUCCUCCCCUGACAAUCCAUGUCCGUCUGGGACCGGGUUUAUUCCGUUUCUUUUGUGUUCCGCCUCUGGGAAUCUCCAGAUUCAGUCACCAGUGAGGAUAGAGCUUGCCGUGUUUGGCAGAAAUAGACCUUUACUCCGAGUAGAGACAUUGAGACGUUGAAGGUACAGGUUCUGCAUAUCCAUGAAAUUCAUAAUUAAAGAUUUAAAGGGAUAGUUCACCCAAAAAAGUCCUCAUUAACUCACCCUCAUGUCGUUCCAAACCCAGAAGACUUUCGAAACACAAAUUAAAAUAUUUUUAAUAGAUUUGUCCAUCUCCACACAACUAACAUU